UCUCUUUUGCUACGUGAAGAAAAGGCGGAAGAGUUCGUUAAACACAAAACUCACCAAACCAGAAAAAGACGCACAAACCAGUGGCCGUUAAUUGCUUGCUUCCUCCUUCGUCUUCGUCGUCGUAGUUGGUGACGGUGACGGAAAAAGGGAUCACGAUCUCAUCUUAUCUCUGUUUUGUUUUUGUGUUGAUCCGAAGUUGACUGAAUUUUUCAGCUAAGACAAUGGCGUAUAGGAGAAGGCAGGGGAUGACAAGAGCCUCUACUUUCAAAGAAGAGAUUGUUCAUCGUCCACCGGACGAUAUGAAUCCAGCUGCUUCCCCUCUGCAAUCUUCACAUUCGUUUACGGCUUCUUCUUCUCUCGCCGCUCAGGCCAUUCGUGCAUCUGCACUAUCAAAUGAACGAAACCGAACCAAGGACUUUGAGGCCUAUGAAGAUUCUUCAGCAAAAUCAGGGUUCUGGGGUGUUCUGGCUCGAAAAGCCAAGGCCAUUCUUGAAGAGGAGGAUGCUGAAUUUCAGCAAAGUGAUGUGUUUGGCGAUGUCAUAUCAUCACCCAGAUCAACACCUCUCUACACGACUUCCGGUGGCCCUACUCAGUUAUCUGAUAACAGAAUGGAACAUCCUGCAAUCCGCAAGGGCUUGGAUAGAAUCACAACUUCUCUUAACAAUCUUGGUGACACUUUUGAGAAGGCUUUCGAGGAAGGUCGAACAAUUGUGGAGAAUAAGACUGCCGACAUCAAACAUCAAAUUCAAAGAAGAGGAGAACCUGAGGGGCAAAAUCCAGCUUCUUAUUAUGGCAUCAAACAAACUAGGAGCCCUGAUACUCAAAUCAAGGCAUCUCGCGACGUUGCAAUGGCAACGGCUGCUAAAGCAAAGUUACUUCUUCGAGAGCUGAAAACUGUUAAAGCCGAUCUAGCUUUUGCCAAGGAAAGAUGUUCUCAACUAGAAGAAGAAAACAAACGCCUUCGCGAGAGUCGGGAGAAGGGAGUAAACCGAGCAGAUGAUGACUUGAUUCGCCAUCAGUUGGAGACCCUUUUAGCCGAGAAGGGUAGACUAGCUAAUGAGAAUUCAAUUUAUGCACGAGAGAAUCGUUUCCUGAGGGAAGUUGUAGAAUACCAUCAACUCACAAUGCAAGAUGUUGUGUAUUUAUCUGAUGAAGAAACAGAAGUGUACCCCUUAAGUAGCAGCCCUGAAGUCGCCAAAAUCCUUUCCCUUUCUUCUCACUCAUCAGCACCUACAUCCCCACCAUCAGAGGACCUUUCAUCUGUAAUUUCACCAGCUACGAAGGAUAUACUUUCUGCCUACAUUAACCCACAAGCGAAUGAUGAUGCUUCUCGAAAUGAGGUCACACCAAGUUCAGAUAUCUCACUUUCUGUAGCAGAAGUUACUAAAACACCUUCUGUAGCAGAAGAUGCUAAAACACCUUCUGUAGCUGAAGUUGCUAAAAUACCUUCUGUAGCAGAUGUUGGUAAAACACCUUCUGUAGCAGAGGAAAGUAAAACAGCUUCUCUAGCAGAAUACAGUAAAAGACCCCCUACAUCUUCUGCCUAAAGAUUAGUGUAGCAUUUGUUCUUUUUCUUUUGUUCUUCCUUUUUUUCUCUUGGAGAGAGGAAGAGGAGGACAGUGGAAGAGAGAUAGCAGUUCUUCCAGUGCCUGCAAUACUAUUAAUCUGUCAAUGUAAUACUUUGUUUGAGGUUUGAAUUGUCUCCAGUGUCCUGUGUGCCUUGGUAAGA